AUGUCGAAUGCAGAGGCAAGUAGAGCAUAUGAAAUCAUUGUCGAAACUGUGGUAAAUGAAGUAAGAGAAGAUUUUGAAAACGCAGGUAUAGAUGAACAAACUUUACAAGACCUGAAAAACGUCUGGCAAAAAAAGCUUACAGAGUCCAAAGUAACUACUUUUUCCUGGGAUAACCAGUUUAAUGAGACAAAUAUAAGUGGUGUACAGAACGAUUUAAAUUUUAAUCUUGCAGCUCCCAAUACAAAUACCACUGAGUUUAAUAUCAAGGAAGAAAAUGCUGGUAAUGAAGGACUGGUUUUACCAAAUGUCAAUGCAAAUAAUAACAUGCCGCAUGCUGGAGGGGCCAACGUUGUAACUAAUACAGGAGAAGCAAAUAGUAUUAACACGAAUACUGGUGCUGGCACAAAUCUAACCAGAGCCAGUGAGUCCAACAUUGAAGUAAAGCCGGAGAUAGAGCUGACCAUCGAAAACGCUAAUAUAAAUACUGUCGAAAAUGUAGAUGGGGAGGAGGGAAAAAAAGAAGAUGAGAAGGAGGAGGAGGAAAAAAGCCGGAAGGAAAAGGAACAGAUAGAACAAGUGAAGUUACAAGCAAAGAAGGAAAAAAGAAGUGCAUUAUUAGAUACGGAUGAGGUCGGUUCAGAAUUAGAUGAUUCCGACGACGACUAUCUGAUUUCAGAGGGCGAAGAAGACGGGCCAGAUGAGAACUUAAUGCUUUGCUUAUACGAUAAAGUCACAAGGACCAAAGCUAGAUGGAAAUGUAGUUUGAAAGAUGGCGUAGUUACCAUUAAUAGAAAUGACUACACUUUUCAAAAGGCUCAGGUGGAGGCAGAAUGGGUAUAA